AUGAACAACGCUGAACGAGUCCUGGAGUUGCUGAUGCCAAUCCUCGCGGCCACAUAUCAGACGCCGACUGAUAUGAUGCCCAUGAAGUUAUUCCUUACUGACAAGUCUCGCUAUCCUGCCUUUGACCUUGAGGGCCUAAAGAUCACUGCAGAGCGCUUUGCUUGUUAG